CAUAAUUAAGAUAGCAGUUGUGUUUGAUUCACACCAACUAUCCAGCAGCACGAUGAUUUUCCGACUUGCUGUUUUGAUCUCCGUUGUUGCCAUUGCAUACGGCGGUCUCCCAGAUGUUGGACAAUGUGAUGAGAAUUCUGCCGGGCUAUUUCCCCACCCUGACGAGUGCCAGCUCUACUUCGACUGUAGUAGUAUUGAAACCACGUCCUGGCAGCCCGGGGUCAAGGGUCUGAGAGAAUGCGAGUACCCGAAACUGUUUGACGAGUUCAGUCGGAAGUGUAUGAAAAACGUUCAGUGCGGAUCGCGGAAGGUCAAGAAAAAUGGGUGCGAUUACUACACCAAUCAGUGUCAAGGUAAUCAUUGCAGACCCUGCGAAUUAGAUUUUCCAAAAUGCGAGGGCUUGAAGGACGGCACAUACCCACAUCCUUUGAAAAAAGGAUCGCCCCAGUGUAUUGUCUGCAAGAACGAGCGCUUCAUCGUGGAAAAAACUUGUCCUGUCAGUGUUCUUUCGACAUAAACGCCUGUUUGAGAAAGAAAAUGUCCAGCCACAACUAUAAACCAAGCUGCACCCUGGUGUAACCAACAGUAGCAAUACAUUUGUUAUACUGUCAUGUCUUUGCCUUUCGAAAAUAAAAAAAGUUAUUCUUCAAAACA